GUCACGGAUGCUCUCUUUGAACAACUCCCAGCUCAGCUCUCGACGCCACACUUUUUGCCACGUGUCCCGUUCUUUCCACGCUCGGUUUGAACUACUUUUAACCCCCAAUACCAUAUUCCGUAGAGAAAGCACACCAUUAUUGUCGAUUUGUCGAUGGGAGCCAAAACGGAGACCGGCAUUGAGAUGAACACGGAGGGAAAAGAUCCGCCGGAGACUAACGGCGGGAUGACUGGACCUCUGGUCACCGAGAGAGGUGCUAUUCGUCGGAAAGCUGACAUCAUGGACGUCAUCCUGCGAGCUCUGUGUCUGCUAACGUCGGUGACGGCCUUGUCUCUAAUGGUGACGGCGAAGGAAGCUUCCACCAUCACCGUCUAUGGAUUCAAUAUCCCUCUCCGUUCCAAGUGGUCCUUCUCUUACGCUUUUGAGUAUUUGGUGGGAGUAUCUGCAGCGGUGGCGGUUCACGCCAUGCUUCAGCUGCUAAUCAGCGGGUCAAGGCUGCUAAGAAGAUCGCCGCCGGCGCCUUCACGGAACCAUGCUUGGAUCGUUUUUGCGGCAGAUCAGGUAUUUACCUUUGCGAUGAUGAGUGCGGGAUCGGCGGCGGCCGGCGUUAGCAAUCUGAACCAUACAGGAAUUCGGCAUUUGGCUCUGCCCAGCUUGUGCAAACCGCUCCGUGGCUUCUGCGAUCGGGUCGCUGCCUCCAUAGCCUUUGCCUUUUUAAGCUGCUUUCUGCUCGCCGUUUCGGUAGUCGCCGACGUCGUUUGGCUCUCCAAGUCUUAGAACUUAGAAGCCAUCUACUGCGGGCGGGCAUGCCGUUCUAUGUAUUUCUAUGGUUUUUGCCAAUCCGAUAGCUUAGCUUGUUGGAUUGGUUCAUUGGCAUGUAGAAGAGUUGUGAGUGACUUAUAUGAGUUAUAUCCCACGAUGAUAAUUAUGAUUACUCUGUAUUUUAUGGGAAGUUUAUCAGAUCGAUUAAUGCAUCAUUAGUCACUAAUGGAUAUAUAGUAUCUACUCAA